UAAAACUUAUCGGGUAUGUAAACGGCGAUUGAAUUUCGUGAAUACAUAUUCUGGAACUCUACAUUUGAUGUGUCAUAAAUAGCCGGUUAUUUCUGCGCAUCCACAUCUUCUCAGUUGUGUGGUUUACGAAGCGAGACGUCCGUUACAGUCCAUUACUUGAAAUUCAUAUAGAAAGUCAGAAUGUGCCAUUUAAGAGUGUAAUAUCUAAGUGGCAAUUUUUUGGUAAUAUGGAUAGAAAGCUACCAAAUAAUCUUACAAGUUCUCCCUAUGAUGCACCAUCUGACGCGGAAACAGCACCUGCAAACAACUCAUUCUUAGAAGACUUAGAUUUGGUAUCCGAUGGUUUAAAUUCUGGGUUUGCUGUUCGUCAUAUUGAACGGCAUGUUACAACGCGAAACUCCAGAUCUCCAACUGUAGUGGCAAUAUCUGAGGAAACGGAAUUUGGGCAUCUUUUGGAACAACAGAAUGUUACAACUGCUGUAACACCAACUUCGUCAAAUGCAAAACCUGUUAGCAUAAACAAAGUUACAUGCAGAGACAUUAAAAAGAGCAGCAAGGAGACGAAUAAGGAGGUGGAAGUGAAACAACAUACGAUAAAGAUACCUGAGAACAAAGUAAAACGACACACAGAGAAUAAACGUAAAGCUGUUGAGAAUAAAGUUCAGGUACAAGAUAGUAAAUCGAAUAAUCAAGAUGUGAAAAAUAAAGUUACUGAGGCCAAACUUAAGCUUAAAGAUCGAGGGAGAUAUUCUGAUAGUUCCAAAGAGCAGAGUCAUGGAUCUUCUGAUAAUUCAAGCAAAGAGAAUAAUAAGCCUGAUGUGUCCAAGGAAAGAUCUCUUCAUUCAGACACUGUGAAGAAUCGUAGUCGUUUAUCGGACAAUCAUGCAAAGAAAUUGGAGCCUAAGGAAAUUCCAGAACCGAUAGGUCUGUUAAAUGCUAUCAAAGAAUUAAUCAGUACUUACACAAAGCAAGAGAGCACAAAAAUACUACGAGCUAUGCAAGAGCUUCAUAUAAAUACACAGGCGAAUCUUAUUAAGAAUCUUCUUUUUCAAACCGAUGAAAUCAUCAGGGAAAUGCAUCCUAGUAGUGAGUCUAUACGUUUUAAGGAGCUAGUUGAAGAGAAUGAGAAGCUUCGCGAAGAUAUUACAAUCCUACAAAUUAAAGUCGAAGAACUCCAGACAAAAGUGUAUGAGUCAGAAGCUGUUAAACAGGAGAAUGUUGCAUUGAAGAUUAAAUAUAAGGAACUGCUCGAGCAGAAGAUAGGCUGAAAGUGUAGGGCAUCUGUCAACAAAUGGUGAGAGUAUCUAAAUUUCUCUUAAGUCUCACAAAAUAUCUUAUUAUUUUUACAUUGUUAAAUAUUUCAUUGUUGUGGUGCUAGACUUAUUGAGGGAUUGAUUAGAAUCUUUAGAUUCACUUAAUGAUUAUGCUGCUACUCAGCAAGUGCCUUAUAGGUAUUAGAUGUCCUUAAACUUAGUGGUAUAAAUUUUGUUAAAUAUUUAAUAAAAUAAUUUGUACUUUUA